AAGGUAAAAGCUCACGCGAUAUUCAGCGCGAGAAAUAGAACGAGAACCUGCCGAUCAUACGCGCCGCGAUAUCACUGGUCAAGUUGAGCUGUCGUGUGAGCUGAGGAGCUGGAAAACUUCGUCGAAAGUUUUUUUUAUAAUUUACAGAUUUUUCAGCUUUGAGCUUUGCAGAAAUCAUGAGUUCGUUGCCAAACAAUCCAGAGCUUCGUUUGAAUGACAGGGGAGGUACGGUGGGCCCGUUUGGACGUUCAAGGCCCCUUACCCUCGCCGCGGCUGCUCCUCCCAGAACGGGAGGCAAGAAGACCCAUCCUGGCAAAGCCAUUCUCGCAGGUGGAAUCGCUGGUGGAAUCGAGAUCUGCAUCACCUUCCCGACGGAGUACGUCAAGACCCAGCUACAGCUUGACGAGAGGGCGGCCAAGCCUCUCUACCGGGGCCCCAUACACUGUGUCAAGCUCACCGUGAAGGAGCAUGGAGCCAGGGGCCUCUACAGGGGUCUUAGCCCCCUUAUAUAUGGGUCUAUACCAAAGUCAGCUGUAAGGUUUGGAGCAAAUGAGGCCUUGAAGACAAGAUGGCGUGACAGCCACAACGGCGCUCUAAGCAAGACAGGUAGUCUCAUGUGCGGUCUUGGUGCGGGAGUCAGCGAAGCCAUUCUGGCGGUCACUCCCAUGGAAACGGUCAAGGUCAAGUUCAUCAAUGACCAGACCUCGGCCAAGCCACAGUAUAAGGGAUUCUUCCAUGGACUCAGGCAUAUCAUCAAGACGUCAGGUAUACGUGGUACCUACCAGGGUCUUUCAGCCACGAUCAUGAAGCAGGGUAGCAACCAGGCCAUCCGCUUCUUCGUCAUGGACUCCCUUCGAGACUGGUACCGUGGCGAUGACCCAAACAAGUACAUCAACCCUCUGAUCACUGCCUGCUUUGGUGGCUUUGCAGGAGCUGCCAGUGUGUUCGGCAACACGCCAUUGGACGUCAUCAAGACACGUAUGCAGGGUCUGGAUGCCCACAAAUACAAGAAUACCUGGGACUGUGCAGUCAAGAUCUGGAAACACGAAGGAGCCAAAGCUUUCUAUAAAGGAACACUCCCUCGUCUGUCCCGUGUUUGUCUGGACGUCGCCCUCGUCUUCGUGAUCUACGAAGAGGUAGUCAAGGUCCUCAACAAGGCCUGGCCCACAGAAUAAAGACCAGGUUCCUGAAAGGGAUCUACUUGGACAAGCAUCGACUGCCAGAAAAGAGUAUAAACGAUAAGGAAAUGUGAAUAUUGAUUGUGAGAAGUAAUUUAACAUAGCAUACAUGUAGCUCUAAGAUUUGGUUAGAAUUUGAGUUGUAUUGUACAUUACGAAAGGAGUAAUGUACAUUUGUCAUCAUUAUUGAAAAGCUCGUUCACAUUGAAGAGAAAGUGCGUGAAUCAUUAGAUGAAGGACAAUUUCUUUCAUGAUGAUUAUCUGUUUAGAGUCUAAAGGGCAUUAGCUUUGAAUGUAAAUUUAAAACCCUUCUGACUCUCAAGAAACAAUAUCAUGUUGCGCAAAGGCCUGUACAUUCAAAUUAUGUGUAUCAUGUGCAGAAAGAGGUUGUGCACAACUUCUAAUUCAGAACUGCUCACUAUAUUUUUGUCCAAGUGAAUUUACCAUUUAAUUUCCCCUAUUUUCAAAUUAAUUGUGUGUGAGCCCAUCUUGUUACUUGUACCUUUGUAAAAGCACAAAAUUGUUCAUAAUACAAGUUCGAUUUGACAUUGAAUGGUACUAAAAUUAUUGUAUUUUAUUUCUCCUUUUGAUGUACUUGUGCAAAAAGGCAAGGGAUUCUAGAAUAUUAAUUAACCAUACUUUGUAAAUGUUUUCAUAUUGUAUUGUUAGAAGUUCAGAAGACUGCUAUUGACUUAUUUUCUUUUCAGAAUGGAAAAAUGAAAUCACUAUUUGUAACUGUAGUAUUUUUUUCUUUUCUCAAAAGAUUCUUUACAAAAUGUAGUACUUUAUUGCUGUAUCAGUAUGCGAGAUGCACUAAGUUUUCUUUUUGUUGGAUUUAUUUUUGAUAUUUUAUUAUUACGUGGGGAUCAUUAAACAGCUCUAGGAUAGAUUAUUUGGUGUCAGCAGGUAUCUCUAACACAUUCCAAAUGUAGUUUUCAUUGACAGUUUAUUCAAAUAUUCAUUUUUAUUUUUUAGUUUUUUAAUUAUGCUUAAUAUUUCUUCUGACAGAUGCAUAUACAACAGGAGGACAAAAAUAAUACUCACUAAUAAUGCUAACAUUUAUAAGUAUACAGAUCUAAAAACCUUUAAUUGAAAUAGAUAGAUUACGCCAGGCAAAGUUGACAUUAUCUAAGGCUAGAUAUUUGUCACAGAGCUAUUAUUCUGCAACUCUUUUCAACUUAUUGUUGAAAAAAAAUAGAAUCAAAUAUAAAGUAGAGAAUAGAGAUGUAUGAAUUUUUUUGGCAUGAAGUGCAUGAUUUUGAUGAUGCUCUUUAGCAUAUCCCACCAUACUGACAGCUGUCAAAUUAUAGAUGUUAGGAUGUUUCCUCAGAGAGUUUUUGUUUGAAAGAAUUUGCUUUAACUCCUAGAAUUAAAAAUAUAUGUAGAUCUUUCAUACAAUAUUGAACAAUGGGAGUUUAAGAACAAAUUUAUUUCACAUCAAACUUUCAAUUGUUUCUAUCACUGUUCUUCGAUUGCACUGUUUUAAUUCAAAUUAAAGCACAAUAUUCCUAUACCUACCUCAGUGAUGUUCCGAAAGGAAAUGAUUUCACUGUUAUCUUUGCAAUAGAAAUGGACUCAAAUUUUCCAGUGAUAUUUGCAUUUUCUGUUCAUAUAUUGCUUGUGAUUUAGAGCAUUGUGGGUCAAAAGAUAAAAAUGAAAUGUCACUUAAAGGUGAAACCAAACUGCUAUUUGAGUUUACUUUGUUCAACAAAACAAAUUUCUUUUCUGACCUAACAACACCUAACGUUUGCUAUCAGCAUUCUGACCAAUCACUGUUGAAAUACAAUGAUUUGUAACUGAUGAAUAUAAUGACCAUAACAGGCUCGUCAUAUGCUAUGGUGAAUAUUUUUCAUGUCUAAUUUGAUAUAUGAUUGUACUGAAUGUUUCAGAGUCGAUGCAAUAUUAGAUAUUCUUCGUUAUGGUGAACAGUUACAGACAAAAAAUAAUGUUGUGCAUACUGUUACGGACUGUUGUGAUUAAAUUACCUCACCUAAAACAACCAAAGGAUUGCGCCUAAUGUAGAAGAUGUACUCUGAAGAAUUGAACUGAAAUUUAUGUAAAUUUUGUCCAUCGUGUGAAUGGAAAUUAUCGUCUUAGGUAGAUUUCUAUAGAAUCCAUGUUUUUUGCAUUGUAGCAGUCAGAAUGAGGUCAGAGUUUAGAGGUCAAUAGUUUCCUAACUAAAAGAUGUCAUGUUUAGUGCAUUUCACCUUAGUGUAUAUGAAAACAUCAUGGAACUUCCCAGAGCAUCAAACCUAUAUUGUACUUAUACACAACUCUACACGAUACUCAUGGUUUGCCUCAGAUUUAAUCUGACAUAGCAGCAUUCUACAUGUGGUUAAGUUCUGUUCACAGAACAAUAUAAAGAAUAUAUCAUGACUAGGAGGAGUUGAUAUUUGAUAACAAUGUAUUUAGAUUAUGUGUUUACUAAUGAUAAAAUUAUAAGUUGUAUUUCCAUGUCUUCCCUCAUCAUAUUUUGUGAUAGAAAAUACUGAUUGUUGCUUAUCCCAAUAACAAAGAAAUAGAUUAGCAUAGAUCUUUCAUUUGUAAUUUAAUACUGUUUAUCUUUCAUACUAGUAAUUUUAUUUCCUCCUAAUUCAGCAUUUCAUUCAGUUAUAUGUGUGUAUAUUCUAGAAUCUGAAAGCUACAAUGGAAUUGAGCUCAAUUUAUAUUUCAGUUAUGAAUAAGGAAUGUAUUCUCAUUGCAAUAUUUUACUUUAUUUGAGGAAUUAUUGCCAUAUGUAGAGGUUACAUGCCUAGUAAGUACAAUUAAUUGUAACUGUCAUUGAAAUGAUUUUUUUGUUGUAAAUCUUGAAGCAUUUGUGUAAUUAGUGGAAAGCUGUGUGCAGUCUGGUGUCGAAAUAAGAGCACAAACCUAUGAAUGGUUAGGAGAAAUACUAAUAAAAUCUCUAAUGACUCGGUCAUUCAUUGC